AUGGAGAAGCAGCAUGAUAUUGAGAUCAAUCCCUUUGAGACCGCAGCAGCUUCCACCCAGCUAGCUGCGGAUGAAGCAAUUCAGCCACCGAAGAGAAGUCAUAACAUAUCUUCCAGUCUCCGGAAACUGGUUCAUGACGUUUCCUGGGCGUUCACCACGGCAUCAGACGGCGUCCAGGAUUGGACACCGUUUUUCCUGGUUUUCUCCUAUUUCUUCUUUUCCACCACCAUUUACAUGAAUGCCACCUCCAGGAUCACCGAAGUAUUUUGGUUUGUCUACUUGAUGACCAACACAUACAUAGCCACUGCUACUGUGGUUGAGUCUGUCGUGGCCUUGGGCACUUUCCAGGAUGCCAAAAGGGCGCUCGACAAGGUAGCCAAGAAUAACUGGCAGUUCCCAUCUGCGGAAAGUGACCUGCCCAAACUAGACAUUAUCGUGGUGGCCUAUCUACCCAAUGAGCAAGAUAUUGUCAUGGAUCGCGUAAAGUAUCUCCUCGACGAGAUCGUCUAUCCCCGGGACAAAUUCCGCGUGAACCUGCUAUACAACACGCCUUACGCCAUUGAGCCUCUGGAGAAAGAGCUAUUUGCAUUGAUGGCGCACAAUCCGAAAAACCUCCGGGUUGUCAAGGUGCCCAACUCAAAGUCCAAAGCCGACAAUAUCAAUUACUAUUGCAAUGCUUUGGAGACCGACGCUGAUGUGUCGGCCAUCUUUGACUGCGACCACUACCCACAUCCGUAUGCACCACGCUGGGCGAUGGAACGAUUUGUCAAGGACAAGCAAGUGGAUAUCGUGCAGGGCCGCUGUGUGGUCCUGAACACCGACGACAACAUGAUGACUGCGAUGAUUGGCAUCGAGUUUGACAAGAUUUACGCAGUCUCCCAUCCAGGACGCUCGGAGAUGUUCCAUUUUGGUCUCUUCUGCGGAUCCAAUGGCUACUGGCGCACAUCGCUGCUACGCGCACUCAAAAUGGACGAUUCCAUGCUUACGGAAGAUAUUGACUCUGCCCUUCGCGCGUUCGGCGGCGGAGCCAAAACCGUGCACGACCUCAACGUCACUUCUUUUGAGCUUGCGCCGGUGACGCCGUCGGCCUUCUGGAAACAGCGUCUUCGAUGGUCGCAAGGCUGGGUCCAGGCCAGUUUUCGCCACAUGCACCUUAUCUGGAGCCGGGCGCCAGAAGGUAAAACCCGGACCAUGCGUCAGCGCUUUGGGAUCAUGUCGCUUCUCUUCAUCCGAGAGCUCAGCUACUAUCUCAUUACCCAAUAUCUGUGCCUGGUGCUGAGCGUGGUUAUCACUCGGUUCCCCAAGAGCUGGCACGACCUCUACGUCUUGGUCUUCUUCCAGUACCCCAUUGCCUGGUGGCUCUUCAUUUUCAGUGUUCUCGCCCUGGCUGGUACCCUUUGGGUCACGUUCCACUUCCGCUCGGAAUUCUGUCGCUGGUACUCGAUGCCCAUAUUCGCGACCACAUACCUCCCACAGCUCGUGCUCACUGCGGUUAUUGGCCUCUUUGGCCAUGCGCGCCAAGUGAUGUUCCACAAGCUGUACACAUUGCCCAAUCAUGUCCGUACGGAUCUUCGCACCGAAGGUGUCUUUCUAGGCCGAUUUUAUAUUACUGGCCUGGAUGGCUUGCUAUCUACUCCGUACGGAGAGCUCCGGGCAUGUAUGAUGGAUGUGCUGGCUAGCUAG